AUGCAGCCUAAACUUGAAUCACAAUCACUUGUAUUCGAUCAACAACCAUCGACAUUACAAACAAAAAUGGUACCUAUUGCACCUCGUUAUGAUGCAAAUCAACAAAAUACAACGAAUCCUAAUAUACAUAGAUGUUCACAUUGUUCUCAACCUAUUCAUGAACGAUAUUUUCUUCGUACACAUGAUCGUUUAUCUCGUGAAAAUUAUUGGCAUAUGCAAUGUUUACGCUGUCAAUGUUGUGAUGCAGUUUUAGCUGAUAUAGCGUCAACAUUUUAUACUAAAGAUAAUGCACUUCUUUGCAAAUCUGAUUAUAUGAAAAUAUAUGGUAGUCGUCCAUGUGCAUUAUGUGGUCAAGUAAUUGGAACGAAUGAACAAAUAAUGCGUAUUAGUCCUAAUUCUGUUUAUCAUUUAUCUUGUUUUACUUGCGCGAAAUGUCAUACACCUUUAGUUAAAGGUGAUCGUUACGUUCUUUUUAAUGGACAACCAUAUUGUGAAAAAGAUAAUCCACUUAAAUCGACAACAAAUACUACUAAUAGUCCUGUGACAAAACGUGGAAAUACGACGACUAAACGUGGAGCAAAAGCAGCACGUGCUGCCGCUGCUACUGUUACAUCAGUAACAUCAGCAACACAAAUACAACAAACAUUUGUAACACCACCACAAUAUCAUCAUACCGGACAUAUAUCACUUUUAAAUAAUCUUCAUAAUUCAAAUACAAUUACACAUUCAUUGCUCAGUAAUCCUCUAAAUAGCAACGGUUCUUCGUCGAUUGCAACAGCAAAUGGUGAUGAUUUGUAUUAA